AUGGAGGAGGAAGCUGCUACUAUUAAGGGCAAGAAGGUUAUUGAGGAUAGCACCCCUCCUGUUACCCCGAGUGCCUUGCCUUCUCAAGAAGAGUUCAAUAAGGUGAUUAAUGGAGCAAAGCCAAAAUCUGCUCUGAAGAUACCUACUCCUAUAUUACAUUCUAAUGUUUUUGACCUAAUAUGUGGCCAACGGGACAUUACAUUGCACGCUCCUCCGAAGAAAGGGGGAAGGGAUGGGCUUCGAAGUAAAGGGGGAACCACUAAGGUGGUUGUUUCCCGAAAAUGA